GGAAAAUUGCUUGAUUUACAACUUGAUUAGCCAAAGUUCUUCUUCAAAAUAUAAAGGGAUUUUGUCAUCAUCUUCCACUUUGAGCAGAAAAAUCCCAAAAUCAUUUACAUUUAAAUGUCCUCCCAAAAAUUAUUCUCAAUAUUAUAAUACCUCGUUAAUUAUCAUUUUGGUUAUUUGCUUUUUUUCUGACCUUACCUGUAGUGUAAUGGGCAGUGCGCGGAUCGCUUCAAUAAAAUUCCUUCUACCACCUAUAUAUUGGAAAAAAUUCAAUCCCAUAUUCCGCAUUGAUAACACCUUAAAUAUCAUAGACGUUGAGUUAGGCGACUCCAUUGACUUAGUAUGCCCUCAAUACCCUGUUCAUACAGACCCUAUCCGAAUUGAAUACUACGCUGUUUAUAGGGUGACUAAAGAAGAGUACGAUUCUUGUCAUAUAACUUUUACUAAUCGGACCAUAACGCGCCUUAUACUAAAUUGUAGUAUGCCUACCAAAACUCAGAUGUUUACCCUUUCGUUUCGUAAAUAUUCACCCAUCCCUGGGGGCCUCGAAUUCAUCAACGGAGAAGAUUACUAUUUUACAUCGACCUCAACCGGUACUCUAGAUGGAAUCAACAAUUUAGAAGGAGGUCAUUGCAAUGAACACGCUAUGAAAGUCACUUUUAAAGUCGGAUCUCAAACAAAAUCAAGCAAUCACGCCCCUCCAAUCUUCAAUAAUCGUAUGAAAUCGCAACCCAAAAUUUGGCAAGAAUCGAAAUCUCCACUUUCUAUAUUGAUUCCAUCAUCUCACAAUAAUAACCAUUACAUAAACGAUCAAGGCACGCAACCACUUAAAAAUCCGAAAUUUGAUUUCAAAUCUGAUGUGAUCCCACCCAAAGAGCUUCACGAAUUAUCAAACAGCGAUAAUGUUAAUCGAGCCUAUCCUAUAGACCCCUCAAGAUAUUCCAAACUGAAUCCCAUUCUCAAAAAGGUAAAUAACGAGAUAACGACUUUUACAGAAAAAUUGGCUAAAAACGUGAUCGUAAAUUUGCAAAAUUUCCAUAACUUUAGAGACUUUAAAGAUCCCCUUAACAGCGAACAAAAUGUGAGAAAAGAUGGUAGGACCAAUGGGUCGAAUUCUGAUUUGCAGGACGAACCAAAUAACAAAGAAAAUUAUUAUUAUUCCUACUAUUACAACCAACAAAGGAGACCUCCACUAUCCAAUUUUCCUAACCUUCCAAAUUCGUAUAAUAAUCAACCAUCGAAAGAUGAAUAUAAUCGCAAAACAGUAAACGAUCACAAUUAUUACUAUAAUAGCAACAAUAACCGAAAAAAUCCUACCGAAUUCGAACAAAAUUAUCAGAACGUGAACGAUAGGACAAAUGAGAAUAGAGAUAAUAACGAUUACAACAAUAAAAUAGAUAGGCGAGAUUCUUUUAUGUCAUCGGAACCAUCGAUUUAUAGCAACGGUCUUAAAAAUGAUCAUCAAUCCCAAAGAUCCCUAGCCAUUAGUAGUUUUAAUCAAAAAUCUUUCAUCUCAUUAACGGCUUCUAUAAUUGUUUUCUAUACCGUAAUCACGCAUAUAAAUUCGCUCAAUUAUAUUUUAUUCGUUUAAGGAAAGAAAUAUCGUUUAUUACUGAUCAGCGAAUAUAACAAGGGCGCGGAGAGAGUCUACGUUAUAAGAUUUUUUUAAAUAACAGAAUUAAUAAUAAAAAAACUAGUCCCCACAAUUAAAAUCUAUCAAAAUAUUGUUUAAAAAACAUGAGAUAAAUUGGAACCGCUUUACUACAUUUAUUGAUUAGUCAAUUAUGCAACAAAAAAUUGCCUCCCCUUCUACUAAUAAAUUGUGAGAGAAAAUUUUUUUAAUAGAAUGUUUUAUUAUAACUUUAAUACUAUUAUUAGUAUGUUACUAAAAUAUAUAAUAAAGGAAAUAAUUUACUGGACCCAUGUCGUUAAUUCUUAAUGAAAUAAAGUGUUAAGUUAAUCAAAAAAUAGAUAUUGUAAUAAAGCUUAAACAAAAUCAAUAAAAAAAUAUAUAUUGAUAUAUUGUGAAUUUUUUUUAAAAAAAUUGUUUUUUCCACGAUUAUACUCAUAAUUUCAACAAAAAACUCAUAAUAAUAAUAUUUUUUGUUCCUAUACUGUUACUCAUCACUAUAAACCAACAUUUAAACCAGAUUCAAUCACUAUACUAAAAUACUUCAAGUUCGGGCAUCAAAUUUUUUAAUAAUAAAUGAUUGUAAACAAUUAUGAACUGUUUUUAUCAACCAUAUUUUAUACUAUUAUCCAAAACAUUUUUAAAAAAAAUAAUAUAAUUCAAAAUGUUCAAACCUGUAUGAAUUUUUUUUAUUUAAAAAAGUAUAUGUAAUGUAGAUGUACAUAUUAUUAUUAUAAAUA